UGGGCAUGAACCCAGAGGAAGGAACAGUGUUCUCCUCCAAACAGCCCUUGAGUUUGCAUAAACUCAAGGGAGCUGAGGUUUGCAGAAUGACUAAGGCCACAUUUGAGUGAUCAUUUACAGUUCCUCCUCCUCAGGCUGGGUCAGAGGGUUUGUUUCUGCUCAGUAGCAAUUCUUCCAGAAUGGCUCCAACUUACCACACUGACACCAAGAGCCCCACAAAGAGCCUUUCCCUGCUGAAGGUCCCAUGUGCCUCUGACACGGUGGUAUUUGAGCCUCUGCAAUUGCCAUCCCGAGAGAACACUGCCCUGCUUCCUUGGAAUGCACUUUCUGUGCUCACUGACCCUUGGCCAGGCCUUUGGGCUGCUAAUUUUCAGCUGGAGCUUGAAGGGACAACAUGGAUUCAGGAAAUUGUGGAUAUGAUUGAACAGAAUGGGGAUGUGGCGAAAUGCCAGCGAGCCAUCAUUCAACACCGCCAUCCUUUCAUCGAGUGGGCGCGGCCACCCCAACCCUCUGGUGUGGAAAAAGCCAACACAAUGCCCUCCCCACGGACCCUGAGGACUCACCUUCCCACUCAGCUGUUGCCUCCAUCUUUCUGGGAAAACAACUGCAAGUUCCUUUAUGUAGCUCGAAAUGCCAAAGGCUGUAUGGUUUCCUACUACCAUUUCCAAAGGAUGAAUCAAGUGCUUCCCGACCCUGGUACCUGGGAAGAGUAUUUUGAAACCUUCAUCAGUGGAAAAGUGGGUUGGGGUUCCUGGUUCGACCAUGUGAAAGGAUGGUGGGAGAUAAAAGACAGAUACCAGGUUCUCUUCCUCUUCUAUGAGGACAUGAAGAGGGUGAGUAAAGGCCCUUCUGAAGAACCACUUCAGACCCAGGACCCGAAGUGUGAAAUUCAGAAGGUGGUGCAGUUCAUGGGAAAGAGUUUGGAUGAAACAGUGCUAGAUAAAAUUGUCCAGGAGACGUCAUUUGAGAAAAUGAAAGAAAAUCCCAUGACAAAUCGUUCUACAGUUCCCAAAUUUAUUCUGGACCAGUCCAUUUCCACCUUCAUGAGAAAAGGAACUGUCGGGGAUUGGAAAAACCACUUCACUGUAACUCAGAAUGAGAGAUUUGAUGAAAUCUAUAGGCAAAAGAUGGAAGGAAUCUCAAUAAACUUCUGCAUGGAACUCUGAGUAAGACGUAAAUAAAAAGGUGAUGACAAGAAUGCAGAUGCUAUCUUCAAUCCUUCAACCCUAGCCAAAAGAAUCUCUGAAAGCAUAUUGUAAAUGUAUAUGAUUGUGGUACCAACUAUCUCUGUGAUUAUUAACAGUAUGUACCAACUUAGUUUUUUAAAAAGACCAUGUUUAAUGCUUAUUUUCUCAAUCAUUCUUUCCAAAGUAAGAAAUAGGAUGGCUUAAUAAACUAAGUAAAAUACAAGACUUGAAUACUGCAAGGAUUUUUUCAAACCUCUGUUAUUCUGGAAAGCAUAUCCUAGUUUUCUAGUCUAUGAUAUAAUAAUACCUUGAGUAUAAGCAUGCUAUAUUAGGUUAUAUCUAGAUUAAUAAUAUGAAAUUUCUAACGUCUGCACUGGCCAUUCAAGGAACUCUAGGCAUACUAGGUCCUGGGGUUCCACCUGACUGUUAUGGGAAGGGACACUUUGAGGGCAGUGCUGGUGCAGCCAGCCCCGAGGACACCUGGUCUGAGGGCCUUGCCUGGUGGUGGAGAAAAAAAGGGAAGAGCACAGAGGGGAAAUGCCAGAAGACCAAAACCCAAUUCAAGGAGACAUGGUGCUAGGUUGUAUAGAAAACAUAAAGCUCAAGGGUAGCCUUUUGGAAGUCCAAGUUGUAUCCUGGUAAAAGCAGAGAAUAGGAGACAGGGAGCAGCAUCAGUAAGUCGGCAGGCGUGG